AUGACCGCGAGCACCAUGCCCUUCGACCGAUACUUCCAGGACGACCCCGCGUCCUCCCAGGCGCCCCACCAACACCGCCCACUCGCCGAGCACCCCGCGCCCGCUGGCCUCCAGUUCCAGCUCCCCAACUUUGUCCUCGGCGGCCCCCCGACCCUCGCUCAUGGCGGAGGCGCAGAGGUCCUCCCCGCAGGCCUCCUCGCCGCCGGCUUUGGCUCGUCCAGCUCGCUGAGCCAGGCCUGGUUCACCAACAACUUUUCCUCGGACUUUGGGGAGACGGUCUAUCGCAGCCCGGGAUCGAGCGAGAGCCAGGAUGUCGUCGACUCCUACCUCGACUCGUCUGCCGCCUACGCCGCGUCCCCCGCGCCCCCCAGCAGCCUCCAUUGGCCCGCCGCGUCCGCCCCGCCGCAGGCACAGCAGUCGCAUUUCCCGCUCCUCAACCACCCGUCCACGUUCGGGCUCCCCAUCUACUCCUCCUCCGGCUUCGACCUCCUUUCCCUCCUCGCCCGCGUCGUCCACCGGCCCAACCCGUCCAUCACGCUCGGCCCCGUCGACCUCACCUGCGCCUUCACCGUCGUCGACACCCGUCGCUUCGAUCAGCCCAUCAUAUAUGCCUCGCCCACCUUCCUCCAGCUCACCGGCUACCCCGAAGCCGACGUCCUCGGCAGGAACUGCCGCUUUCUCCAGGCCCCGGGAGGCAACGUCCAGCGCGCCGACGAGCGCAAGUGGACGAGCCCCGAGAGCGUGCGCACGAUGCACAAGGCCCUCGCCGCCGGCAAAGAGUGCCAGGUGUCGCUCAUCAAUUACAAAAGGGGCGGCCACGCGUUCGUCAACCUCGUCUCCCUUAUCCCCGUCCCGCCGGCGCCCGGCGAAGAGGCCGCCUUUGUCGUCGGUUUCCAGGUCGAUCUCACCCAGCAGCCGAACGCCAUUUUGCAGCGACUGAAGGACGGCAGCUACGUCGUCAAUUACGCUUCGACCGCCCAAGGGCCGAACGUCGGCAGCGGCAGGAGCAAGGCUCACACCGUGUCUAGGAGCGCCGUAGCGAACGACUUGCGGCAGUUGUUGAGCAGCGAGGCAUUCUUGCGUUCGUUGUCUCAUUCAGAGGACAAGACGGCCGUCGAACAGAACGAUGCGAUCGGUAUCGACGCUCUGCCCUCCGUCGUCCUGAACUCCUCGCCCGACUUUAUCCACGUCCUCUCCCUCAAGGGCGCCUUUCUCUACUGCGCCCCCACCGUCUCCCGAGUAUUGGGCUGGGACGCCGCCGAACUGACAGGCAAAUCUAUAACGGAUUAUUGCCUCCAGGCGGAUAUUGUCCCCCUGAUGCGCGAGCUUAAAGAGUCUUCUGGGCCUAACCCAUCCUUGACCACUGCCGCCGCGGCCAAAGACGAUGGAGAGGGCAAGUCUGUCGCCGUUCCCCAGGUAGCAUCGGCCCCGCCCAAGCCGGUCGACCUGCUCUUCCGCGCGAGGCACAAGGACGGGCACUACGUUUGGAUCGAAUGUCGCGGCCGGCUGCACGUCGAACCCGGAAAAGGCCGCAAAGCCAUCAUCCUGUCCGGCCGCCGGCGCAACAUGCCCUCCGUCGACUGGCGGCGCGUCACGCAGGCGGCGGGCGUCCGACCGCCCGCGUCUUCCUCGGCGGACAAGGCGGAGCUUGCCGACGGCGAGUUUUGGGGUAUGCUCGGCCCGGGCGGGACGAUGCUCGUCGCGAGCGCGGGCGUGAAGCACAUGACGGGCUACGGCGUCGGCGAGGUGAUCGGGCGGUCCCUCGUCGAGCUCGUCGACGACGACGACGACGGCGAGUCCGCGCGCGUGAUCAGGAACGCGGUCAAGGAGACGGAGAGCCGGGCGGGCGAGGCGAUCAGGAGGAUGCGGUGCAGGAUGCGCGGCAGAGAGGUGGACGUGGCGCUCUUCCACUCGGACGAGUGGGAUUCGUCGUUCGCGCGCGCGCGGCGGGACGUGCCUCAGCCGAGCGCCGCGGCGCCCGUCGUGGUCCAGGUGCGCGUCGCGGCGUUCGCGCCGGCGUCGUCCAUGGCGCCGCCUUCGUCCAGCGUCCACCCGCCGUCGGCCAACCUGUUCGAGGAGCUCGACACGUCGCGCGACUCGAGCUGGCACUUUGAGCUGCAGCAGCUGCGCUUCCGCAACCUGCGCCUGCAGGAGGAGGUCGAGGCGCUCGAGGCGUCGCUCGCCGCGGCCGAGCGGGCGGCGAGAGGCGGCGGUGGUGCGUCGCGGAGGAGUUCGGCGGCUGGCUUGACGUUGGGAGAGAACCCGGCUGCCCGGAACGCGAGGAGCGUGUCGACGAGCGCUCCGAGUUCGCUGGGCGGAUGGAGGUUGAGCAAUGAUGUCGUCGGGCCGGUCGGCAAAGUGGGCGCGAAGCGGUCUUGGGACGCGGUGGACGGCGGAGGCGGUGGUUGA